CCUACUCCAGAAUCCCAGAGUCGGUCUCGCCAACUCUCUUCCUCUUUACUACUGUCGAAUCGCUCUAUUCGCAAUAAAGAGAAAAAGGUUCAUUUCUUGCCCAAAGCAGUCAAAUGGGCUUUGAAUUCUUGAAGAAUCUCUAUCCCUUAUAGCUUUUCCUGAAGAGAGGGGUAAAAAAACAAAAGGAAAAAGCAAAGGUUUUUGUUCCUUUUUUUCACAAUGGAGACCAGUACUGGUAGUAGAAACAGUGGUGGAGUGAUUGUUACAAAAGAAAGAAUGUUGAAAAUAGAGAACCCCUUUUCUUUAAAAGUGGGACAAGUAUUUACUGGCUUUGGAAUUGGCUGUGGAAUCGGUAUUGGUGUUGGACGCCCUUUAAACUUAGGUGCAAUACCAAUGCUGAACCAAGUUAUGGGUGCUGCUAGAGGCGCAACAGAUGCUUUUUCUGGGGUUGGAAGGCACGUUAAUAGCUCUCUGAGGAAGUUGGGAGCAAAGAACAUAGAAGCAGGCAUUGGAUGUGGAGUAGGCUUUGGCCAUGGGUUUGGUGUUGGUCUUGCCAUGAAGCCAAGUGUGCUGCAUCAGCUUCAGUCGUGCCUCAUUCAAACAGUGGCAAAUUUAAUGAUGAGGUUUGGUAUAGCUCCGAGCUUGCCUGCUGUCAAAGGUGCUCUUCCAGAGUCAUUGCAAGGUGGCCUCAGCAUGACGAGCCACAGAUCAAUUUCAAAUCCGCUAGGGACUGUUGCACAAGUAGCAAAGAAAGCCCCUGAGGUCAAGCGUCAAGGAUUGCCUGGAGAUGCAAGUACAGUUUCUUCUGAUGAAACUGAAGCUUACAAAAGUACUCCACUAAAUGCAUCUUACAGUAGUCAAACAGAGAAGGUCCUCAGCAACUUUUUACAAAAUCCUCUUUUGAAAGAUGAAGACAGAGAAGUAAAUGAGCUGGCUGAGCAUCUACGCUUGGAGAACAAUGUACUUCAGAUGGUUUUGAGCCAUCAGAGAAUCAUUGAGGGGCUGAUGAAGGAAAACGAGAAACUCCACAAGAUACUCGUGGAAGACCUGAAAAUCUCACCUGAAAAGCUUCAAGCCACCUCCUUGAGUACAAACAGUAGUAAGUCUCCAUGUAGUGAGUGUUUCAAGUGCCGUAGAAGACUUAGAAAAAGAUAACUAAUUACAUAUGUAACUUGUGAUAUUCUUAUUUUUCAUGCAAAAUAUUUACCUUGGGUAUUUCUUACUUCCCGGAAUCCAUUAAUGUUGUUAGCUGAAAUAUGUUGAGAAAAGCACAGAAUUGCACAUGUGCGCCAAAGAAGCCACUAAUCCUCAUGAUAGGCUAGUAAAUACUCGUCCAUGAGUAUGUUGUUGGCAUUUUAGACUUAGAACAACUUAGACACUUCUCUCCAUCCUUCUGUCUUUUCCUCAGAAAAUUUUAUGUCUCAAUAAUUUACUCAGGUAGAAUGAGCAAAGCAGUACAUGGCAGUUAGCGUACAACUUAUUUGAUUGUACAUUGGUAUGCAAUAUGCUUAAGCUGAUUCCAACUCAUACCUCAGGCAUUGGUGUCUGUUCUAUCCAUAGAUCAGAAUUUUGAUCAUUUGAAUAGGUGGUUAUAAUUGCCAAUAUACUCCAUAAUGAACCAGGAAAAGUUUGCUGAGGAAUUUACUAGACUGGUCUAGGCUUUCCAUGGUCUUGGCUGCAAAUGAUCCCUUGGAAUUUGCAGAAUUUGAAUGCUUACUAAUAUAUGCUUUUGUAAAUCUGAGGUCUCUUCAGUGCUUAGAUGGUCCAGUACAAUAGAAUGAUGUGAUUACUAGAUCUUACUGGUUCAGUGAAUGAUGAGUUGAAGAAUCCUUGCCAUUAGUUCAAGUGUUCAACCAUUCUAACCUGUGGGUCAUGACCACGUCCCAUGCAAAAAGUUGAUAGUGAGGUCCCUGUGUCCAACCCAUGUACAAAAGAAUAUUGUUGGUGGUUGAAUUAUAAAUCCCCCUACUCAUUAUCCUCCAUUCUUUUGGGAGCCUGCUUUACCAAAAAUCCUAGAAAUUCAUCCUUGUCUCAGAAAGGAGUUCACACAGUACGAUCCUUUUGAUUGCUCCCCCAUUGGUGGCAAAAUUUUUGAAACUUACCGUAUUAUAUUAUUAAGUUUUUGUGUUUCUUCCAAAGAUGCAUACCAACAGGCUUUAUCUGGAAAUCAUAGUGGAGAGAUUUUAUGGCCUAUUGUAAUAUCUUUAGAAUCUUUGAAUUCAUUGGGAAAGGGAGAAUACGCAUUUUGGAUCCAACUCAACUUUUUUGUUGGUUUAGCCGGUUUUAGUCCCUCUGGUUCUCAAGUUUGGAGGGAUUCAAAUCCAAGCUUUGUUGAAACUGAGUUUGUCAUUACUGUAAGCUUCGUUUUUAGUGAGUUUGUCAUUAUUCAUCUGGUUUAGCAAUCAAGGAACUAAUCAACGUGCAUGCUUCUACUUGAUGAAGCAGAUAUUUUGAAGUAGAACAAAGUUAAUAGAUGUGAUAGGAACUCCCAACUCAUAGGGAGUAAUAUCACAGGCUGUUGACUUUAUGGAAUCAUCAAAGAUGACUAAUUGCUUAGCUUUUUGUUGGAAACCGAUGCUCCUCUGUCAUAGCCACUGCAAUUUUAGAAAGAUAAUGAUCACCAAAGAUUAAGAAUGCCGUGGCAUAAGUAUCAAAUCAUUCUUUUUGUGGUUUAUACACACAAAUUUUGGUUUAUACAAGAGUUAAAAAGGCAUUUGAUUCGACAUCAUUAGUGUUGUUAUGUGCUGUCACAUUAUCCUAAAUCUUUCUAACGACACUUUCACAGCUCGAGGCAAAGGUGGUGGAUUUGUACAAUUCCACUGACUGCAUAGUAACUUUCUCGUGUCAAUAGCACUGUAAAUAGUAAAAUUUGGGGAUAACUGAAGGUUAUCUUGAUUGAUCUCCCUCAUUCUUUGUUUGUCUGAAAUCUUGUUUGAAGUUGUGUAAUUGGAUUAACUUCUAACCAGCUGUUUCUUGAAUGUGUGUGUAUGUUUCAUGGUGGGGCUGAGAAACCAUGUGCAGGUCACCAUCCCGGUCGUGUUUCAGUGGUACCAAUUUAGCCCCACCUCACCAGCCAUUCUGUGCUUAUGCCUGAGUUCCACCAUCCAAAGCCCAUUCCCCUUUAAUUUCCACACACGUGAAAACGUCCCAAGGACACCUUCCUAUCCUCUGAAAGAGUUAUUCUUUGUAGUUUCCUCCACAUACUUGUAUCCUUCCAGCUAGCAGACAGCAACAUUUCCUUCCUUCCCACCAACAAUUACACCAGUUCAUCAUUUCACCUUGCUUCAAGUCCAUUUACUCAUAAACUUUGGAGGACAUUACUUUUUUGGUUAAAUUCUCCUCGGUGUAAUUUUUUGACGGUUGAAAAGGGUGAUAUAAUUAUACAUAUGGUCAGCUUGCAGCUGCAAUCGGACAGGCCGAAUUGAUGCAUGUUUGGAGAUAUACUUUUAAACAUUUUCUCAUCUCUCUUGUAUUGUAAGAUGGUGGACAAUGAUAAGUGUAGGCUUUUGCACCUGACCUUGGCCUGAAAUUGGAACUGCCUUGAAUUGUAGUAACUCUUCAGCAAUGAGGGCUACUUGUACCGCCUAAUUAUGCAUGCAUGACAUAAUAAAUACUGGUAGGUAGUCGAAGCAGAGAGACAAUUUACCUUAUUAGGCUAACCUAAAAUGUUAAAAGAAGAGCUGUAACUCUGUAAAAUCUCCAAACCGUCCUGAUCUUUGCUCACAAAUUACAAAUGGAGCUCCAAAUUAACCACAAAUGAAAUAAAAAAAAAAAAUCAAAAGGAAAACAAGAAAAGCUGGAGAGCUCCCAAUGAAAAAGAAAUACCAGGAAAAGAAUACAUAAAGCAUUAUUUAAUCUACACAAAUG